CUUGCCUUCCCCAGUCGAGCAACUCUUUUAUUUCCUCAUAGCAUUGACGACCCGUCAUCAGGACAAGCAGACGAAAAAAAUUACGUCGUCCUCGGUCACGCGCGAUCAGCGAAGAUGUUGAUCUUCUCUGCAUUUAAGACACUGACGGAUCAAAACGUGACGGUUGAGCUAAAAAAUGACUUGUCCAUUCAAGGGACACUGAAGAGCGUCGAUCAAUUCCUCAAUUUCAAGCUGGACAAUAUCAAGGUGCUGGACGAGGCGUCACAUCCGCACAUGGCAGCUGUCAAGUCAGCAUUCAUCCGCGGCUCCGUGGUGCGCUAUGUGCACAUCCCCGCUGCAGCGGUCGACACACAGCUGCUAGAAGACGCGACGCGAAGAGAGGCUGCGACGCAAACCAAGCGGUGAUUGAACGCGAAACGGUAACCGGGCCACAGGAGAGGGGCAGGUGUACUGUACUAGAGUAUCGUAUGUAUUGCACCAAUCGUG